CGUUUUGCUUCGUAUGCCUUUUACACUCACAUGAGGUAGAACCUGUGUGUCGAUGCAGCUGGCCCGCAAGCAGCAAAGCAAUGGUAGAGCAGCGACAUUCUGAUAAAAAGACUACCCCCUCCUUCUAAUAAAAAGAUGUACCGCCCCUUGCCGAACCGGUUGCCCUGUUGGGCGAACCAGGAGGAUACCGACGAAUACAGCCAACUCGCCCAUUCUGUGUACCAGAACACCAUCCUCGAAUCUGCCCGGCUGAAGGCGCUCGAGACGGGACGGAAGUUCACGCUGAGCGGCAAGACGAAAAACGCCGCGGACAAACCUUACGAGGUGCCGUGGAAGCACGUCCCCAACAUCGACACGGCGCCCCCCUUAUCACAUGCAAAUCGGUCUGGUUUUGUUCUGGAAAGAACUUGUGAUGCUACAAUGGGAGUGGCAAGCAGGAGACCUGAGUAGACAGACAGCAACGCAUGAUAAAUUUUCUCGCUGCUAUGCGAAUGCGUGGGUUCGUUGCGGCCUGCUUCGGCGCAUGAGAAAUUGCGAUUGGGCAUAUAACAAAAAAGCCACCCCUGCUGGAGUUUAUUGCGCCUUAUGCAUGUGACAGAAUCUAGUUCUAGAUCUACACAGCUGCUAGCCGAGCAUGAUCUUAAGGUGUCAUUCUUUCUCCAGAAGACCCAGAUCGAUAUUUGCGAUUGCAUACCCCUCUUCUGUCGGUUCGGAUCAAGUGAAAUACGAGAAGAAAAAGGAGAAGAAGCAGAAAAGAGACUUGAAAAACCGGUUGAAAACGCAGAUUGAAUACCAGGCGAAAGUGGACGAAAACCGGAAGAAGCCGCCCGUAAAACUCGACUACGCGCCGAAAUUCGCGAGCGGGGGGAUUGUGUAUGGCGGGGAUGAGAAGUCGAGGAUUAAGGAAAACGACCCGCGGAUGAUUUUCAAACUUCCGGUUUCCGAGCAAAACAGGAUAAAGGAAUUGGCAAAAACAACUUCUUCCUCAACUGCUGGAGCGAAAACAGGUACUAGAGCAGAAACGCAGCAAGAACAGCUCGACAUCAAGACCAAGUCCGAUGUUCUGAUAGCAGAUGAAGUGAAGAAGAAGUCUUUCGGGGACUGUUUUCAAGCGGGCAAACGAAACGACUCCAUCCAGCCGCCGAUACCGAAACGUGUGGUUGACCCGAACAAGGAGCCCACGGCGCUGGAGAAGAUCGAGAAGCUGCUCGACCCCCAGCUGUCCACAUACCAAGCCAUGUCCGUGCCGCAGGGUUCCCGAAUUUUGACGAAAGACAGCAACCGGCCCUUCGUCAUGGUCGCGUCAAAAGUGCGGACGCACGAAGCGAAGAACGGGAAGUUAACCGUGAAGCCGCACACGAACUACGGCAGAAGGCCGGAUGCGCCGUUUGACAUCGACGGCUACCCGAUGGGCGCGAUCGGGGCGGAAACCGAGUUCGAGCGGCGGGACCGGCAGAAGUUAGAGUACGCGAAGCAGUGGGAGGAGCGGGUCGAGCGGAAGAAGAAGGGCAAGCAGGUGAUUUUGCCGGUCUACGCAAACAAGACGCAGGCGAAACGAUAUAAGGACAAGUUGGUUUCGACCUACGGGCUGAUGUCGGCGGGGAAAGAAGAGUGGAUGGCAGAAAGGGAAAAGAACUUCGAGUAUGCGAAGAAAACAAACGAAUACAACACGGACAAAGGGAAUACAGGUAUAGAUAGUAAAAGCAGCAGGGGGGUAGAUGAUGAUGCUUCUUUUACAUUGCAACAUUUGUGGUCUUAGCUUGUGAUGCGUGCAGCUUUUACUCUGUUUUCUGUGAAAGAGCAUAUGCAAAAAAAAUGCAUACUACCUACGACCGUAUCUGAUUAUCAAUACCAUCUACUAAAGGCACCUACUACUUCGGGCAGGAAAUGCAGCCAGAGGACUUUGUCGAGCUGAACCGUGGCGUAAAGCGAACCGAACUUUCCGAAAAAGGCUACAAGGGGGAAUACGACUGGAGCGACUUGCUGUAUCAUUGAAAUUCACUAUGCCUGAAAUUGAAUCAUUUUGCUUUAUACUCGGGGAAGAGUCUGGGGGAAACAAAGCUGUGAGGCGUGAAGCACUGUCUUUUCUCCCCACACAUCCUAAAGUUGAUGAUUUUGCUUUAUACUGUUUUUGAUCUGCAUCAUCUUCAUCGGCCUUCUUUAUGCGCGACCGUGUCGUGAUUCGUUGUACAAAGAGAAUUCGAAGAUGUUCAUAUUGUCGAAAAAUCGCAGGUAUAAGAUCGAUCCGACAGAAACACCCUUGUCCUACAUUCCGGAGCGCGUGGAGGGCGUGGUGACCGCGCCGGAGAGCUACAAAGAUCGGGAUAAAGGAAGAAGUAAGUAUGGCGAGCAGGACUGUAUAGUGAAAAGGACCGCACUUUAGAAGUGAGUUGCUCUCGUCCUGCAACUUUUCGGACCUAUACCAUAAUGAAAAUAGCUGCGCACAAACAAGUACGAGCGUGUAGGUACAUUAGUCGCGGCUUUGAGGCUCCACCUCGAGGGGCACUUGCUCUUGGCCGAAAAGAAGAAUGCAAGGAGCUACAG